AUGUCGGUCGCAGUGCAGAUAAGGCAGCAUUGGCCUGGGCUUGAGGGAAUGCGACACCUGGUCAUCUUUGGAGACUCCUACAGCCAAGUCGGCUACAAUUCCACGGCUCCCCAUCCUACCCACGACAAUCCUUUAGGCAUAGAAUUCCCCGGUUCCACCUAUAAUGAACGCGGACAGCCUAAUUGGGUCGGCCAUCUCAUCACGAAGUACGUGUCCCAGCGGCUGCUGGUAUACGACUAUGCCCAGGGCGGACAUACUCUGAAAGGCGUCCGAACACAAAUUGAUCGGGAAUUUACGCCGCAUUUAGCCACGAAGCCCGAGUGGGCACCGUGGUCGGAGGCAGACUCUCUCUUCGUAACGUGGGUCGGGAUCAAUGACUGCGCAUUUACAAACAACGAAUCGGCCCCGGAGCUAGUAGACACCCUAUUUGAGUUACAGGACAGCCUCUAUGCAGCAGGAGCUCGCAACUUUCUUCUUAUCGAUCUUCCGCCCCUAGAAAGAUCGCCUGCAGGUGUGAGACUCAUGUUGGUACAAAUCAAACGGUUGAAAGGGGCGCGGUUGCGUUGGGUGGCGCCUCACCAGGUGUGGAAUGCCUCUCUUGUAAAAGCGACAGCUCGAUUUGCCAAGUCACACGAGUCAGCAACCGUCCUCAUGUUUUCAGCGUGGGACACUUUCAGGAGUGUCUUGGACCGUCCCUCUGCAUUUGGUUUUAAGCAAAAGGACAUCAGCAAAGCUGGUGGCGGAAUCUGGCAUGAUCGCUUGCACCCGACCUCCAAGAUGCACGACGUAAUCGCCCGUGAUCUCAAGGAUUUCCUUGCCAAAGUACCAGCCCAUACUGAUAGCAGCUCUCCUAAGACGGAGCCCUUUGUCACGAAACCUCGCGGAGAGGAAGGCGAGGAUGCUUCUGGCUGCACUUGCACUCUCUCUUGA